AUGCUGCGUACAUUACCUCGCAGCGUCAUGCGCCAGUGUCGGUCUGUGCGCGUAUCAAGCAGAGCCACACGACAUUUCCGUUCGCUCUCCACGACGCCAUACCGCAUGUCGAGUUCGUCACUCCCCACCGUAGACCCUCCAGUAUCAGCAGUUCUACCUGGUGACGCCUUCCAACUGCUCCCUGAAGCAUCCAAAGCGGGGUCAGCAGAAGAUGCGCUCUUCGAAGAACAGGUACAGGCCGUGAAGGACUGGUGGGCAUCGCCGCGAUACAAGGGCAUACGGCGACCCUACUCAGCCGAAGAUGUCGUGAGCAAGCGGGGAGCUCUGCAGCAAUCAUACCCUAGCUCGUUGAUGGCACGGAAGCUGUUCAACUUGCUAGAGGAGAGGGCGGCAAAGGGCGAGCCAGUACAUACCAUGGGUGCCAUUGACCCCGUACAAAUGACACAGCAAGCCGCAAACCAGGAGGUCCUCUACAUCUCUGGAUGGGCAUGCUCAUCCGUGCUCAGUUCGACGAACGAGGUCUCUGCCGACUUUGGCGACUACCCCUACAACACAGUUCCAAACCAGGUUCAACGCAUGUUCAAAGCGCAGCAGCUCCAUGACCGCAAGAACUGGGACAACCGGCGGAAGAUGAGUGCCGAGGAGCGGGCAAAGACACCUUACUUGGACUACAUGCGGCCCAUUAUUGCUGAUGGUGAUACUGGGCAUGGUGGCCUUUCGGCAGUGAUCAAGCUGGCAAAGCUCUUCGCCGAGAAUGGUGCGGCAGGCGUCCAUUUUGAGGACCAACUCCACGGCGGCAAGAAAUGCGGACAUUUGGCUGGAAAGGUUCUCGUCCCAGUCGGCGACCACAUCAACCGUCUCGUAGCAGCGCGCUUCCAAUGGGACACGAUGGGCUGCGAGAAUCUCGUCAUCGCACGAACCGACUCAGAAAGCGGCAAACUCCUCUCCAGUGCCGUUGACGUCCGCGACCACGAGUUCAUCAAGGGCGUCACAGAAGAGACUGAGCCACUCGCCGAGACACUCCAGAACAUGGAAGCCGCCGGCGCACCAGGCAAAGAAAUCGACCAAUAUGAAGCCGCAUGGGUCAAGAAGCACAAACUCGUCACCUUUGACGAAGCUGUUGUCCAACAUCUCGAGAAAGAAGGCGCCGCCCAAUCCACCAUUGAUUCCUACCUCCAAGAAACAAAAGCCAACCCCAACUUCUCCCUCCUCAAGCGCCGCCAAGUCGCAGCGAAAUACACAAAGACUCCCGUCUACUUCAACUGGGACAUACCCCGCACACGCGAAGGCUUCUACCACUACAAAGCCGGUGUCGAGGCCGCCACCAAGCGCGGCAAGGAAUAUGCACCCUAUGCCGACCUCCUAUGGGUCGAAACAGGCGACCCCAACGUUGCUUCUGCCGCCAAAUUCGCAGGCGAAAUCCGCGCCGAGCACCCAGGCAAGAAGUUUGUCUACAAUCUCUCGCCCAGCUUCAAUUGGAUGGGCCAAGGCUUCUCCGAGGAAGCGCUCAAGAGCUUCGUCUGGGAUCUGGCUAAGCAUGGCUUCGUGUUCCAACUGAUCAGUCUGGCGGGGAUCCAUUCCACAGCGACCAUCACGUGUGAGUUGAGUAGGGCAUUCAAGGAUGAGGGUAUGCUGGCCUAUGUCAAGUUGGUGCAGAGUCGGGAGAAGGAGUUGGGCUGUGAUGUGUUGACGCAUCAGAAGUGGAGUGGGGCUGGAUAUAUCGAUGGCAUCCUGGGAGCGAUUCAGAGUGGGAGUUCGGGGAGUAAGAGCAUGGGGGAGGGGAAUACCGAGACGGGGUUUUAA